UGUCCCUGCUUCUCCACAGGCCUGCCAUGGAGCCCUGCUGGCCCCUGCUGCUGGGGGGUGUUAGCCUGCCACUCACCAGGGCGCUUCAGGGCAACGAGACCACCACAGCGGACGGCAACUGGACCACUGCCACCUCAGGCCCCCCAGACCCGGGCACCUCCCAGCCACUGCUCACCUGGCUGCUGCUGCCGCUGCUGCUGCUCCUCCUCCUGCUGCUGUUCGCCGCCUACUUCUUCAGGUUCAGGCGGCAGCGGAAAGCCGUGGUGAGCAGUGGCGACAAGAAGAUGCCCAACGGGAUCUUGGAAGAGCAAGAGCAGCAGCGAGUGAUGCUGCUCAGCCGCUCACCCUCGGGGCCCAAGAAGUAUUUCCCCAUCCCAGUGGAGCUGCUGGAGGAGGAGACCCGCCUGCGCUCGGCUGACGACUGCAAGUGCUUCCGAGAGGAGUUCAACUCGCUGCCAUCUGGACACGUGCAAGCAACAUUUGAAGUGGCAAAUAAAGAAGAAAACAGAGAGAAAAACAGAUACCCCAACAUCCUGCCCAAUGAUGACUCACGGGUGAUCCUGAGCCAGGUGGACGGCCUCCCCUGUUCAGACUACAUCAACGCCUCCUACGUUGACGGCUACAAGGAGAAGAACAAAUUUAUAGCAGCACAAGGCCCGAAGCAGGAGACGGUGGACGACUUCUGGAGGAUGAUCUGGGAGCAGAAGUCGGCCACCAUCGUCAUGCUGACCAACCUGAAGGAAAGGAAGGAGGAGAAGUGCUGUCAGUACUGGCCCGACCAGGGCUGCUGGACCUACGGGAACAUCCGCGUGUGCGUGGAGGACUGCGUGGCCUUGGUGGACUACACCAUUCGCAAGUUCUGCAUUCAGCCACAGCUGCCCGAUGGCUGCAGAGCCCCACGACUGGUCUCGCAGCUGCACUUCACCAGCUGGCCGGACUUCGGGGUGCCCUUCACCCCCAUCGGGAUGCUCAAAUUCCUCAAGAAGGUGAAGACCCUCAACCCCACGCAUGCGGGGCCCAUUGUGGUCCACUGCAGCGCGGGUGUGGGCCGCACGGGCACUUUCAUUGUCAUCGAUGCCAUGAUGGCCAUGAUGCACGCUGAGCAGAAGGUCGACGUCUUCGAGUUCGUGUCGCGCAUCCGAAACCAGCGGCCCCAGAUGGUGCAGACAGACAUGCAGUACACGUUCAUUUACCAAGCCUUGCUGGAGUACUACCUCUACGGAGACACGGAGCUGGACGUGUCCUCCCUGGAAAAGCACCUGCAGACCCUGCACAGCAGCACCACGCACUUCGACAAGAUCGGACUGGAGGAGGAAUUCCGGAAACUGACAAACGUGCGGAUCCUGAAGGAGGACAUGAGGACAGGAAGCCUGCCGGCCAACAUGAAGAAGGCCAGAGUGAUCCAGAUUAUCCCCUAUGACUUCAACCGAGUGAUUCUCUCCAUGAAACGGGGCCAGGAGCACACAGACUACAUCAACGCGUCCUUCAUAGACGGCUACCGGCACAAGGAUUACUUCAUAGCCACGCAGGGGCCGCUGGCGCACACGGUCGAGGACUUCUGGCGGAUGGUGUGGGAGUGCAAGUGCCACACGAUCGUAAUGCUGACGGAGGUUCAGGAGAGAGAGCAGGAUAAAUGCUACCAGUACUGGCCGACAGAGGGCUCAGUGGUCCACGGAGACAUAACCAUCGAAAUCAAGAGCGACUCGCUCUCCGAGGGAAUCAGCGUGCGGGACUUCCUGGUGACCUGCAGUCAGUCCCUGGCCCACCAGGAGGAGCAGGCCCGUGUGGUACGCCAGUUCCACUUCCACGGCUGGCCCGAGAUCGGCAUCCCCGCCGAGGGCAAAGGCAUGAUCGACCUCAUCACGGCCGUGCAGAAGCAGCAGCAGCAGACGGGCAACCACCCCAUCACCGUGCACUGCAGCGCUGGGGCCGGGCGCACCGGCACGUUCAUCGCCCUCAGCAACGUUCUGGAGCGAGUCAAGGCCGAGGGGCUCUUAGAUGUCUUCCAAGCCGUGAAGAGCUUACGGCUGCAGAGGCCACACAUGGUGCAAACUCUGGAACAGUAUGAAUUCUGCUACAAAGUGGUACAAGAUUUUAUCGAUAUAUUUUCUGAUUAUGCUAAUUUCAAAUGAAGAUUCCUGCCUUAAACUAUUUUUUAAUUUAAUGGUCAGUAUAUUUUGUAAAAACACAUUAAUUUAUUUCGUAGUUCACAUUACGACGCUCCCUUGUCUCUGUGUAUAUUUUGUUACGCUUUACGAGACUUGCUGUGAUGAAGUCAUUCAAUCCUAAAGACCCUUUUCUAAACUUGGAAUAACAUUAAGCUCAGAUAAUAUGCCACCAAAUAUAUAUUUCUGCUAAUAUCAGCAAAUAUCUUGCAUUUCAUUAGAUUCAUAUCACUUCAACACCUGUGUGUUGUCAGUUUUAAUGUGCCAAGUGUGCUUGGGUGAGAUGCUGACCACGGGGCCCCUCGAGGUCCCUCCACGCUGGCUUACCUGGCGCUGUCCUGGCAGCCCCGAGCAGCCGCCUUCUGCAAAGCCAGCUCUGUGGAUGCGUUCUCAGUGGGGACUCUGGGCAAGGCCCGUGCUCGGCCCCAGGACAUCCCCGCACAUCUGGAUCCUGGCCAACUUCUCAUCCUGCACGCACAGUGGAGUAGCCAGGGACUGCGCAGUCCUCUUGGCACAUGCACUCGCCCAAGGUGAGUCUGUGCCACCUUGCCUCGGUGGAUGUGAGGCCGGGCAGCACAGCUAGCUGCUGCGGCCACCUGCCUGGUGCCGCUUGCCCUGUUUCCUUGCAGGCUCGCCGAGGGGUGCCGCCUGUCCCGACGUCGGGUGACCCUGGGCACACACGGGACUAGAAACAGCCUUGACAUUUUCUGAGAAACAUUUUGGUAUUUAACAAUUUCUUGUAAAAAGACUUUAUAUAAGAAGAGAAAUCUUAAAAUCUAGAUUUGUACUUUUUUUUUUAAAGUCCCCCUUCUAUGUGUUUAAUAAAAGAAAAAGGAGGCAUGCUUGCCCUAAAGGCUAGCUUAUUUUGAGGCAAAAAGAAAAAAAAAACCUACUGAGAUCUUUGACCUUUGACACUGGAUAUUGUGAAGUUUCCCCUGACAGUGAGGACUGGCUGAGGGGUGUAUGUGAACGUGGGAACAGCUAAUUUAAUUGUAAUGAUCUUUCCAUGGUCAUUAUAUACCCAGAGAAUGAGCACAAUACCGAAAUGAAGACAACUGGUCUAUCUUACGGAACUCACUUCAUAUGUGUCUUUUUGGUACCUCUUUUGCUGCUCCAACAAGUUAUAAAGGCCUUACGUGACAUUUCCAUUGAUAACUGACCGUGCCCUCCUGUGGCAAUGCUCACCUGCUUCUGGGUGGUGUGCGCAGCUCACGGGCAGCCGAGCUGCCAACCGUGCCGCUGCCCGAGCCCCAUCCCAGCUGGAAGGACAGAGGCAGCUGUGCUGCCCCGUGGUCACCAGCAGCUGCAGCCCUGGCUCCCCUGGUGCCGUCUGAUCGCCCCCCUCUACAAAGCAAGGGAGAGGAUGUGGGAGGGGUCUUGAUGUGCCAGUUGGCGGCCCAUGUUGGGGCUGUGAAGGCCCCAAGCCCCGAUGCCUUUGUUUACUGAGGAGGGGGCAUCCACAUGUUUACUGAUGAGUCCAUGUGUCCCUGAGUCCUGGAACAGCCUGCUUGUUAGUGGAUGGGUACGCCCGAGCUCCCGGCACGGUCGGAGGGCAUGGACCCAGGCCCGGGGUUAGCAGUCCUUGGCAGACUUCCUUGCAGCCCUCUUGUAGCAAAAAGUCCCUUAAGGGCGCUCUCUCCGGAGAGAGUCCUGCUUGCAAGUCUUCCCAUCCCCUUGGAGGAGCCCCAGGGUUCUGCCUUUUCCCAGUUCUCCCUCACCCCGGACGAUUCCAGAAACGAAGGUUGAGCCAGGGCCACGGACCACGGCCACCCUGCCCUUCACACAGGCCACCUUCCUUGGAGCAGCUGCCUGGGGAGAGAAGAGGCCACCGAGAGCUUCUGCAACUCCUGAAGGACCGCCCUCCUUCAGCCACAGAAUGUCCAGGUGGACAAGGGGCGCCAGGGCGGCCAGGCUCUCCCUGCUGCAUGCCGUUGCAUUGCAAAGCCAAGGAGCGGUCAGCAGACUCGCUCUGAUCCGCACCCGACGGUCACUGUGUGACUCCCCCUGCUGGACGCAUGAAGAACGUGCACCCGCGUCCUCAAAGGUACUUUUUGUUUCUAGAGACUUUCAAAAGAACUUGAACUGUGUUUCUUCUUGGGAGACACGCCUGUGCCAUUCUUUGAGAAAUGUCUGCUUACUGAUUUUUUUGUUUGUUUAUUUAACUAGGUUGUGUUUAUGUGCGAUCUUGCGUGCAUGUAUUACAGUUCCAAUUUGUUUCCUUUUAUUCCAUGUAUAAUUUGAUCUUGCCCUUCCUACAAUGCCAGUGAAUGUUGCUGAAUUCUUUGUAUAUGCAAACUGCAAGAUCUAAAAGCAUUCUGACACAAGGAUAAACUUCCACUUUGACUACCA